AAGAAAACUGCGUAAAAGAGUUACGGAGUGCGAAAAAAUCAGUUUUAGAGUGUUUCUAGCGUGCCAGAGCGAUCAAAAACAUUGCUGGUCGACAUUUUAAAGGUGUAUACUACAAUAACUCAACAGUACAAUGCUCGAUCUCGAAGUGAUUCCGGAGCGUUCGCUCGGUUCGACAACCGAGAAUUGGGAGUUUAUUCUCGGUAUGCAUUUCUCGCAAGCAGUGGCCAUUAUACAAUCUCAAGUAGGAAUUAUUAAGGGUGUACAAGUACUUUACUCGGAUACGAAUCCGCUGUGUGUCGAUAUAAUCAUCAACCUGCCACAGGACGGCAUCCGUCUUAUCUUUGACCCGGUACAGCAGCGGUUGAAAACGAUCGAAGUUUUCAACAUGAAGUUGGUGAAGCUCAAGUACUGCUCGCUGCCCUUCAACUCGCCCGAGGUUGUGCCAUCGAUCGAAGAGAUCGAACACUCGUUCGGUGCUACCCACCCUGGCGUGUAUGAUGCAGCAAAGCAGCUCUUUGCGCUGCACUUCCGUGGCCUAAGUUUCUACUUCCCGGUCGACAGUAAACUGCAACCAGGUUACGCCCACGGUCUUGGCUCGUUACACUUUCCCAGUGGUGCUUCGCCGAUCGUUUCUAAAAUGGCCAUCUACUCGGGCGUUAGUGUCAUCGACAGUCGUCCACCACCACUGCCCUUGUCCUGCUACCAACAGCAACUCUAUCUAGAGGCGGCCACUGUGCUGCGAAACGCGCACGGUACGCGUGGCCUCCGGUUGCAGCUUUACACCGAGGGUUCGCUGCGUGCCCUCGAACCCCGAAAACAGUGUAUGACGCGCGAAAUCAUGUUCGGGGACAGCUGCCAGGAUGUUGCCAGCAGUCUCGGAGCACCGUCAAGGGUGUUCUUCAAAAGCGAGGACAAAAUGAAAAUUCAUUCACCGAGCGCCCACCGCCGCGUACAGUCAAAACGAAGCGAUUUCUUUUUCAACUAUUUCACGCUCGGUAUCGACGUACUGUUCGAUGCUCGUACACACAAGGCGAAGAAAAUCAUUCUGCACACCAACUACCCGGGACACUACAACUUUAACAUGUAUCAUCGUUGCGAGUUUCAGUUACAACUUGCUGCCGACAAGGUAACCGAAGAUGCGCCGCUCGAUGCACCAGUGACGAUAACAGCGUACUCAAAGUGGGAUACAAUCGCAUCACGAUUGGCUCCGGCCGAGCGGCCCGUUGUGCUGCAUCGUGUCGGUUCAACCAACACGGCCAACGUUUUUGGUUCGACAUUCAGCUAUGGCUAUCAGGACAUCAUUUUCGAAGUAAUGCCUAACAACUUCAUCGCCUCAGUUACGCUGUACUUUCCACCGACCCCCUUUCAUGUGGUAGACUGGAAGUCUGCUAGCUCCGGUGGUAACAGCAGUAACGUAGGAAGUAGCAACCGGAAUGUGGCACUAUUGCAGGAGGCUAACAAACAAAGCAACAUUCGCAUAACAGCAUGACCAUCUAGAAACAGUGACCGCAGCUCAUUGGUUUAGAGAUCUUCGGUCUCCAUUAAGCGUGGUCACCAACUAAGUCCACCGUUUUAGCGACCCCUCAAAAACAUCGAAAUCGGUUUUUGGCAGUGCUUAGAAGUGAUCUGUUUUCCAAACAGCAACAGCAUCAGCAAUUUUCCGUUGAAAUGUUCAGCCGGUACACAAAACUAAUCGAUCUGCCAUUGGCGGGCAAAAGAGUUAAACACACUGUCAGUAACUGUAUUUACGUUCAUCCGUCAUCCUUAUCCUGCAGGCGACUCUACUCCUCCAUGCCUGCACAGUUUUUGCUGUUGAAGAUCAUCCUGUAGAAACGAUGUUCUAUUUGUGUUUUUCUGUGUAUCUUUAUGUUAACUUUCUCCCUAUCUUCUUUUUCUUAUAUUAAUAAUCGAAUGCUAAUGGUUAAGAAAGAUUUUUUAAGUGUUACAUCGCUUGCGGUACUUCUUUAUGAAUUACACCAGGCACGGGCUGAGAUGGGUGACGUUGUGAACGGAUUCUAGUUGAUUAAUUUCAAUUUAUCGGAUAGCUUUAAGAGUGAAACAGCAUAAACAAAUAUACAAAAAACACACGAAACGACAAAAAAACACACAAAAACUUGAAAAAAUCUAAGUUAUAGACAACAUGGAAGAAAGGAAACGUAAACAAAAACAAACGGAAUCAACUAUGCAACCAAAAAUGUACGUAAAAACAUGUGUAAAAAGUUUCUAAUGUAAAGUGAAAAAAGCAUCUACACAACAAUCGGUAUGUUGUCGGGCUCCUGAACCGUUCAAGUUCUCAGCAGCGAGGUCUCAGGGCGUUUCCACCGGUUUCGGGGUGCGAGACGUGUUAUGCGCUGACCACAAGUAAAACUAACACAAAACCAACACCGAAACGGAAAAAAGCGAUAAAUGUGAUUUAAAAUAUCUUUUUAUUUCCCCACUGGUAGGAAGAUACCAUAAAAAUACGAAAAAAUUAAUAAAAGCAAAAAAUAAGU